AUUGGACGGCAUGGGUGAAUGGCAAGAGCAUGACCUUGAGCAUGGAUGAGAAGGAUGGUGGGUCCUCGGCGGUGGCUGCCAGAGCACGCAGUGCUCCAACACAGCAGGCUGUAACCCUGCAUGAGCAUCUCCAGCAAUGUCCACCGCGCACAGUCGCCGGAGCUGCAAGAGGGAUGAAACAGGGAGGUCUGUCUGGCUUGCAUCCUUCAAGACACGGCUCCGAGCCGGCAUUGAGAGAGAGAAGCACCUUCUUCGGACAGCCAGGCUCCCGGUGUGUCACAGCCGAGUCCAUGACUUCGUUUUAUGUUGCAAACCGUCUGGCCCGCUCCAUCAUUGAUUCUGGACUGGCAGAGGCAAAAUGCCAAUCGGAUGCCACCUCGGCGAUGAGCGAGGAUCCGCCGACGACAGGCACGUGGACGUCGGAGGUCAUGCGGGUUCUUCCCGGAAGUCAACUCGCGUCCCCGGAGACAACUCCGCUGCCGUCUCCCUCGGUCGGCCAGGAGACACCGCCAGAAACAGCCGUCUCGGAAGCGCAGCAGAGCGACCCAGAGGCGAUUGGCCACGUCCACAGUUGGGCAGUAAAGGUGCUGCAGCAGCUCUCUAAGGAGGCAAGCUUCACCAAGACCUUGCCCCACAGGGACAGUGUCGAUAUCAGCCCCACCGCAAUUGCUGCACUAUUUGGUUUCGACCUCCAACAUGGUUCCGAGGCACAACCGUCGGGAAAGCAGCAAAUGCGAAAAGGCAUGCCGAGCAUUCCGAAGCUUGACCUGACUAGAGUGAUUCGAGACGAAGACGAAGAUGACGAAGACUUUGAGAACAAAGCUGCUACCUUACCGCCGUCGAAUGGGCAUCCGAGACGAACGACAGCAAUCAUGGUCAAGCCAUCAAGCAGAAGUAGUGUGAGGGGAAGAGCAUCCAGGCUUCGAUCGCUUUUGAAUGCAGGAGUCGCGAUGUUUUAG